AUGCAGACUGAUAAUGGCCAUCAAAUCCCCGUCCAGAAAAAAACUCACAAGAGGAAGAGCACAAAUGAUAGCCCUUCAUGUGGCAAAACAUUCAAAAGUAAAUGUAGCUUCAACUCACACUGCAGAAUCCACACAGAGGAGAAACCGUGUAAAUGCUUGGUGUGUGGAAACACCUUCAUUGACAGCUCAGGUCUAAAAUCCCAUAAAAGAAUUCAUGCAAGACAGGAAUCCUACGAAUGCCUAGAAUGUGGAAAGAGUUUCAGCCAGUCCUCAAAUCUUAAGUGUGGAAAGACCUUCACGAACAGCUCAGGCCUUACAUCCCAUCAAAGAAUCCACACAGGGGAGAAGCCGUAUACCUGUUUUGACUGUGGAAAGACCUUCCAUCACAGGGCAAGCCUUACAUCGCAUCAAAAAAUCCACACAGGGGAGAAGCCGUAUAAAUGUUUGGAGUGCGGAAUGAGCUUCGCUCACAGUGCUAACCUUACUUCACAUAAGAGAAUCCACACAGGGGAGAAGCCGUAUAAAUGUUUGCAGUGCAGAAGGAGCUUUGCUCACUGUGCUAGCCUUGCUUCACAUAAGAGAACCCACACAGGGGAGAAACCAUAUAAAUGCUUGGAAUGUGGAAAGAGCUUCAGCCAGAGUUCACACCUUAGUUCACAUAAGAGAACUCACACUGGUGAGAAGCCGUAUAAAUGCUUUGAGUGUGGGAAGAGCUUCACUCAGAGAUCACACCUUACUGUGCAUGAGCGAAUCCAUACAGGGGAAAAACCAUAUAAAUGUGUGACGUGUGGAAAGAGCUUUAGUAACCGCACAUACCUUGUUAGCCAUCGCAGAAUGCAUACAGGAGAGAAGCCAUAUAAGUGCUUUGAGUGUGGAAAGAGCUUCAAGCAGGAUACAGGCCUUACAUCACAUCAAAAAACUCACACAGGGGUGAAACCAUAUACCUGUUCUGAGUGUGGGAAAAGCUUUGCUCGUGGAUAUUACCUUACUUCACAUAAGAGAAUCCACACACGGGAGAAGCCAUAAAUGCUUGGAAUGUGGAAAGAGCUUCUUACUGUGCAUGAACCUAUUCAUAAAGGAAACAACCAGUUAAUUGUUUGACAUGUAGAAAGAGUUUCUGUACUAGCACAUAAUUUACUUACCAUCACAGGAUCCAAAAGCCUGAAGAUCAAGUUGGAGUGACAACUUGGCAACAGACCCACACUAUAAGUAAGAAAGGGAGGGGAAGGGAAUACCUAUCUUAAAUGAAACGAGAUCCCGAGAGCUGUGCCUUUUGCUUGAGAUCUCCCCAUCAAUAACCUGUGGCACCAAGGCUACAGCACCUCUCCCACCCAUUCCUUGGUCCAUCGUCCAGGGAAGCAUGAGAAGCAUAGAGGGGGUCCUUUGAGGACAUGGCGAACUGGCAACCACUGAAAACCAUUAUAUACUCUUUGGGGCCAGUGUAUUCCAGUGGAAAGUGGAGGGGUAUUUGGGCUGA